CGGGCAGAAGCGAACAGCUCACAGCGUUUAAGAGUUUAAAUAGUGGUGGUUUUAUUUCUCUCAAUUAUUAAAAAUUUAAGUUUCGUAAUAUAAUUUGUUGUUAUAAGUAUUAAAGUUAUGACUGAUUUUAAUCCAAAUGUUCUUGAAACUUUUAUUAAAAGCUUUUCUUGUUCAGACCAAAAUUUGGAAGAAUUCGAGCAUAGAGUUUUCUCUUUCAUAGAAGGGCAGAAAUGGGUGUCCCGUCCCCUUGUUUUGUCACCUCUAAUUUGUGCCCAAUAUGGUUGGAAGUGUGUGAAUCCUAAUCUUCUUGAAUGUAUUGCUUGUGGUGCUAAACUUUGCACACAAGAACCGAAAAUAGAAAUUUAUGAUGCUUAUAAAUCAUGUUUAGACAAGAUUGUAGCUGACUUAAAAGAUGGUCAUAAAGAUGACUGUCCUUGGCCAUUAGCACCCUCUCCAGAAUCAUUUGUGAAGAUGGUCCCUUUACCCAAAGAAGAGGCUUUGAGCCAGUUUGUGAAUCGUCUAAAACCAUUUCUCAAUUCAGAUAGUUCGAUUCCUCAAGUAAAAGGGUCCAUACCUUCAGUACUGGAUCUCAAACAAGAAGAUGUGUGUUCCAUUUUCAAGCUUGCUAAAGUUACAUCCAAGUAUACGAAUGAAAUAGUAAUGUCUGCUGUUUGUCUGGCCGCUACUGGUUGGACUUUAUUCUUCAAAAGAAAUGGUGAAAUGAUGACCUAUGUAAGGUGUGACAGUUGCCAACGUAUGAUUUGGGUUAAAUCUUUCAAUUUAGUAACUGAUUUGUCCACUGAGGAUGCUCCAAAUACAAAGAAUGGAACAAACUCUAGAAAUAAGUCUUUUUCCAAUGUAGUUAAUAGGACAUCUUCUGAAAAAGAAUCUACUUCUAGUGUAAAAUAUGUGACAAACUCUGGAAACGAAUCUUCUCCCGAUGUAGAUAAUAAUUUAAAUUCUGAGAGAACUAACUCUAAAGAAAAAUCUACUUCAAAUAUAGAAAAUGGGGCAAAUUCAGAAAAAGAAUCUUCUCAUAAAAGAAAUUCAGAUACUUCUAAUGAGAGACCUCUUAAACGAGUGAAGUUGGAUAAAAGAGACUUUGAUCCUUUGGAGGAGCACCGACCAUGGUGCCGUUGGGUGUCAAAUACUGAUGCAAAAGUUUUUCUUAAAGAUAAUGAAAAGACACCCGUAAUUGGUUGGGAACUUUACAGGAAAUCUUUAUUAAGAAAUAUUCCAAACUUUCGAGAUAAUAAUUCUGAGGCUACCCCUACAAAAGAACAUUUUCGAAGCAUACAAGAUCUUCUAGAUAGUUGGACUAGCCCUUCUUCAUUAUAGGAUCAUAAUAGUUGUAAAAUUCUACACUUUUUUGUAUCUUUAAAGGACCAUCUUAAAAGUGUGUCAUCUUUUCGUAUAAUGACCAUGUCAUAUUUAUUUUUUUACAUUUUACAGACAUUUUUGUUGUUUUGUAUAGAAAAUUUUUAUUUAUUGUGCUAAGAAUGGCAUAUAAUUUAAAAUUGUUUUGUUCUAUAACAUAAGUGCUAAUCUUCCCAAAAUGUCAGGAGUCGUUAGUAUUAAUUUUUUUUGUUAUAUUUCCUCUUGAUUUUGUUUAUCUAAAGUCAGAAACUUAUUAAUAUAGUAACUUUUUUAUUUUAAAAUUACAUUUUUAGAAAUGAAAUGAGAGAAUUUAUGUUUUUAAACAAUUAGUUUAUUUAUGUACCAUUUGUAAUAUUAGUACUAAAGUGUAAUUUUUUAAUAUUUUCUUUUCUUUUGUUAAAGUAACCUUAUUCAUAUUCAAACUGAAGAAUUUCUUCUUUUUACUUUAUUAAUUAUAUUACAGAGCUUGUAAAAAUUAUUUUUUGCCAUGGAGAUAGUUUAAAGUUCCAUUAAGUUUCCAUUCUAAAACAUAAAUUAGCAAUUUUGCCCAUUUAUUGUGAAUUAUUAAAUUUGCUUAUACUGUUCUAUAUGAUUUUGGAGUAUCUUAAUUCUUAAUUUAUAACCUCUAUUCUAGGAAUUCCCCAAUUAUUUUUAGUUGCAUUUUGAAUAUUUAUAAAUUGCUGGAUUUUUGUUUUUAGAAAUCAAAAAUAUAACACCAUUGUAAUGGUUGUAUGGUACGAUCUUAAGAAUGCAUAGUUAAGAAGAAACCCUGAAUAAAUACUUUACAUGAGCAUUUGCAUAAUAAUACCAAUGUAAAAUGUUUGCAUCCCUAUAAAAAAUUGCUCUAACGUGAAAAAAAUUACUUUUGUUUACUAUCCGUUAUAGAACCUGUUAAAAUUGUUCUUCACAUUUUAAUUUUUGUUAAAAUAAUUCUUCUUAUUUCAAUUCUGAGUAUGAUAAUUUAAUCACUUAAAUUUGCUCGUUACAAUUAAAAUGUCUUAUGCAAUUUUAAUGUUUUCAUUUUGAAAUCUUAGCAAAUUUUCCUUCUUUUUUUCCCUUGUUAAAUUCUACUAUAAAUUAUAUAUAUAUAUUUUUAAAACAACAAUGCUUGUUAGGUAUUAAAAGGGAAUAAAAUCAGUUUUUUGCAAUCACAGGAAUUUAUUUGUCAUAGUUUUACAAAUUUAUGAAGGAAAAUUAUGGUCGUGUCAUAUUAAGUAAUCAUGUGUUUCUAAAAAUGGCUGAACAAAUAAAAAUGUACUGCAUUUA